CAUUUAACGAUUAUUAUUUACAUUUUACAUUUAGAUUUCAGAUUCUUCAUUUAACUACAUUGUCUAAAGUCUAUGAUAGUAAUAAAAUGACUGAAGAACAAUCUAGAAAACGCAAAAUAACUGAUGAAAAUGGGACUGACAAACAAGGACGAUAUUCGAAAACUCAACAAAUUCAAUGUCCUUACCUGGAUACUAUCAAUCGGCAUGUUUUAGAUUUUGACUUUGAGAAAUUGUGCUCGGUUUCAUUGACUAGAAUCAAUGUUUACGCUUGCUUAGUGUGCGGUAAAUAUUUUCAGGGAAGAGGCACCAACACUCAUGCCUACACACAUUCAGUGGCUGAUGGACACCAUGUAUUUUUGAAUCUUAACACAUUAAAGUUCUAUUGUCUUCCUGACAAUUAUGAAGUUAUUGACUCUUCAUUGAAUGACAUCAAAUAUGUUUUGAACCCAACAUUCACACCUGAACAGAUCAAGCUUAUAGAUACUAACACAAAAAUGUCACGAGCCAUUGAUGGCACAAUGUAUAUGCCUGGCAUUGUAGGCCUUAAUAAUAUCAAGGCCAAUGAUUACUGUAAUGUAAUUUUGCAGUGUUUGUCACAAGUACGUCCCCUACGUAACUACUUUCUGAGGGAAGAGAACUAUGCUAGUGUAAAAAGACCACCUGGGGACUCGUCUUUUUUACUUGUACAAAGAUUUGGUGAAUUAUUACGCAAACUAUGGAACCCCCGUGCUUUUAAAGCACACGUAUCUCCUCACGAGAUGUUGCAGGCUGUUGUGCUGUGGUCUAAGAAGCGAUAUCAGUUUAUUAAGCAGAGUGAUCCAAUAGACUUUCUGUCUUGGUUUCUAAAUUCAUUACACAUGGCACUGAAUGGUACAAAGAAGCCAAAUAGCUCCAUAAUUUAUAAGUCAUUUCUGGGUCACAUGAGGAUCUACACAAGAAAGUUGCCACCGCCGGAUGCUGAUGAUGCAGCUAAAGUCGACCUUAGCAGUGAAGAGUACAAUGAAAUGAUCACUGAGUCUCCAUUUUUGUACCUCACAUGUGACUUGCCUCCAACGCCAUUGUUCACUGAUGAGUUCCGUGAAAAUAUUAUUCCACAGGUAAAUCUUUACCAGCUGUUGUCGAAAUUCAAUGGUCAAACAUCAAAAGAAUACAAGACUUAUAAAGAAAACUUUUUGAAAAGAUUUGAAAUAACACAGCUGCCUCCUUACCUAAUUCUUUACAUAAAAAGGUUUACGAAAAAUACUUUUUUCGUCGAAAAGAAUCCUACAGUUGUAAACUUUCCUGUCAAAAACGUCGAUUUUGGCGAUAUACUGACUGCGGAAAUUAAGGCGAAACAUAACGGAAAAACAAUAUACGAACUGGUUGGUAACAUUGUUCAUGAUGGAACACCUGAGAAAGGGACAUACAGAGCUCACGUUUUGCAUAAGCCUACACAGCAGUGGUAUGAGAUGCAAGAUCUUCAUGUUACCAGUAUUUUACCUCAAAUGAUUACACUUACUGAAGCAUAUAUACAAAUAUAUGAACUAAAGCAGGACUGAAAUGUUCAUUAAUAAUAAAUAAAAUAAGUUAUACAUUA